AUGGAUGCCAACCCUUUAAACUACUGGCUGAGUAAAUUUUUCCAGGAGGUUGCGAAUAGUGAAGUGAAGGUGUAUCCAGCGAGGAUCUUUUAUCGAAUUAUCUGUGGCAUCCGAAGGUAUUUAGAAGAAACUGUGGGAAGCGAAGCAUGAAAUCCUUUAGAUGAUAAAAGGUAAGAGAGGAUGUAAUAUUUAUUAUGUUCAAUGCAAGACACUAUUAUCAUCGAAGACUACAAUUAGAAAAAAGAUCGAUCUUUUUUAAUCUUCCAAUCUGUUAUUACAGAUUUGCUAUUUUUCGUUGUUAUCUUGAUGCCGAGAUGAAGGAUAGCACGCGGCAAGGUGUGAGUUUGCAAACAAAGUAAGAAGAGAAGGAAGUUGUUACAGAUGAGGACGAAGAAAAGUUCUGGCCCCGUUUGUUCGAAGCUUGGAUAACGCUAUCCACUGGAUAAAACUCUAUCCGGUGGAUAACGCUUUACGUUUUUCUAUCACUUAUCCGCCGGAUAGCGAUUUAUCCGUUGAGUAGCGGUAUCCGCCUUUUAUGCAACUGGGCCCAGGGGUGAAAGAUUAUUUGGCAGAGGAACAGCCAAGCCAUUAUUGGAUAUUAUUUAUUCCUAUAAUGGUAAAAUUUUUGGCUCGCGUGGUGGUGAACAUUGGGAGAUUUGCGUGAAUAACUUUUCUUUAGGGCCAAAUGCUAUUAAGUUUGAAGAAAAUGUAUGUAAAAGUUUCCAUAGAGGUAUUACUGACCUUAAGUAUGAACGAAGAAAAGUGAGGUACAUUUGUCAUGAGAGAGGUUGAGAGCAUGAUCGAUGUUUAGUGCUGUUUUAUCAAUUGUACAUUGGAUUGGUUGAAACCCUUUACGAAAGAAAUGAAGGUUUCUAUUUCAGGCCAAAGUCGAAAACGUUGUCUUUUGAGAAUAGUCCCGUAGGGAUCAACACCUUGAAUUGUUUACGUGUCACUUGUUUUUUUAAACUCUUUAAUAGAG